GCAUCCGCCCUUCGCUCUAUUAACAUUGAACUACUGGAGUUGCUUCUGCUCAAAUUGAUUGAAAGGACCGGGCAUCCUGCUCAAGCAUUUCAUCAAACAUUUGACAAGCGCAACAACUGACCACCCAUGGAGCAGCGUGGAAGAGCAGCAAUCAGCGCAGGAGGAAAGCAACAACCCCGGCCAGCAUCUCGUCGCUGCUGCGACUCCUCACCGUGGUUCUUACAGCUGCGACUCAUGCGGGUAACAGAGCUCGGCGGCCACGACGGCCGCGAUGCCGAGCCAGGAUGGCACGCGGCGGCGGAAUGGAGGCGCAGGCGCAGUCGCGCCACCGCGGGAUGCCCAGGCCACCGACGAAGAGGAGGAAAGAUCGGAUGAGUGCGUCGCUGGUGGCUCCGGCGGUUGGACCACGGGCGGCGGCGCUGGCGGCGGUUACGAGCCGAACUCGGAUUGCGUGGUUUCUACGCGGCGGGGCAUCGGGGGUCGAUCUAUAUCAGCCGGGCUGCGGGGAUAGAUCGCACUUUUCCUUCGAUCCGACGAGCAAGCCGUCCCCUCGAUAGAUCACGCGCGACGUUCUCCUGGCGACCUAACAACCCGGCGAGCUUCUCUCGCCGACGGCGAGCAAAGAAUCCGGCGAGUUUCCUCUUUCUUCUCCGGUCAUCAUCUGAAUUUCAGCAUCGCAAUUGUUCUGUUUACUUGUUUCGCUUGUGCAAUCACUUGGUCUCUCUGUUCUUUGCUGUGUCCUGUGUUUUGCAGAGAUGGCUAGCCAUGUCGCUGCGACCUUGCCGCCGCUGUUGCCUACCCCGGCGCGCUGCCUCCUCCUGACGCCUCCUCCGGCGGUGUACACGGCUCGUGUGGAGCUGGACACCAAGAAGCAGCAGCCUGGACGUGCCUCGAUGAGCAGAAGCUGGAUCAGAGACAAGAUCGACCUUCCCGGACGUGCUUCCCGGAGCUCCAGCUGGGCCACUGACAAGACGCUCCGCCGUGCCGAGAGUUUGAACGGCGGCGUCGAGCGCCUCGGCCGCGUGGAGACGCCGAGAGAGAACUGGAAGAGGCCGGCGAGCCGCGCGCCAUCCGUCGACCGGUGCGACAAGAAGCCGAGGCCUCCGGCUGAGAUGGUGGCAGCUUCGCAGGCAUCAAUCUCCGCCGGCCCCGCCCCGUCGGCCGGCCGGUUCGGGAAGAAGACAAAGCCUGUGACUGAGAUGGAGCUAGACUCGGUGGUGACAUCCUUCGCUUGCCCUUCUCCGUCGAUCGACCUUUCGGAGAAGGCAGAGCCUACGACUGAGAUGGUGGCAGACUCGGUGGCGACACUCUUCGCUGGCCCUGUGGCGUCGGAGAAGAAGGCGACACCUCGUACCGUGGUGGAGGCAUCACCCUUCGCUGGCCUCGCUCCGUUGAUGGACCGGCCCGACAAGAAGCCAAAGGCUCUGGCUAAGAUGGAGGUGGACUCGGAGGCAUCCUUGUUCGCUGGCCCGACAUUCAUGGUGUCGCCGGACCCGAGCGAGCUGCCUAUGCCGACCUUCAUCAUGUCGCCGGAUCCGAGCGAGCUGCCCAUUCCAACCUUCCUCUAUAAGCACAAGGUCGCUAAAGUGUUAGCUAGCUUAGUCGCUCCGAUGCUCGUUGAUCAGUAAGGAGCUUGAAGCUGUUUUCAGUGUGUAGCUAGGUCGACUAUGCUGAUCAGCAAGAUUGAAGCUGUUUUCAGUAUGUAGCUAGGUGGACUAUGCUUAAUACAAUUGCGACCAUCCAUUAUCGAGCU